AUGCCGUCUUCAUACCAUAAAGGCCAGGUCUAUGAAUGUGUCUCCAACGAUCCGUCGGAUCUACAGUCCCGGCCCCAGCACCAGCAUUCUCCCACUCAAAGGCUAGGCCUUGUGCGCAUUCUGGUACUAUCAUUAGGCACUGUCGUUAUUGCUGCUGUGGUCACUUUCUUAGGCUUCCUCUGGUGGGGUGCCAUUGCAUCCGUCAACGAAGGCGACAGACCCAGCUCACACAUUUUGCGACGCAUUCUCGGCUCAGGAUGGCUUCUCAGGUCCAUCACUAUCUCCUCGCUCGUCUACCGCGUGGUCGCUGGAGCACAGGCUGCCACCGCCACUGAGAUGAUCGCCUCUAUCUUUCUUGAGGACAACGGUUGCCUGCUGCCGGACCUCGCUCGCCUAUCACUGACACGCUGUCAAACCGCGGGGCCAUUCCAGCUAGCAUUUACUGCAUCUCGACAGCUUUUCGACCCAGGGAACCUUUUCAAGUCUGGAUUGCUGGUUGCUUUGCUGAUAGCAAGCGUUGUUACGCAGUUCACUUCCACUAUCUUGUUGACCGACUUGAGCGCCGCCCGUCUUGUCAACGACCCCACUGCUCUUAAUGUCGCCUUUGGUUUCAAGUACCCUUCCAGUGAAGACGAGAACUCGUCUGCCAAUCUAUUCAAUCCUUACGCGGGUGUUGAUUACUGGACGAGCCGUCCAUCGUCCUAUCUCCGCUUCGCUGAGAUAUCAACGCCACCCGUUCAGGGUGACGGUGUUUAUGAUACGGGAGCCAUAGCUCGUGCAUUUCUUCCCUUUAACAACUCAACCCGACGCGCCACUCUACGAAGUUACGAGGGGCCUGCCACUGUUGUCGACGCCCGUGUCAUAUGCAUUCGUCCUCGGCUAAGCAUACAUACCAUCAAUCUGACAGACGUAUAUAUGCUGUCUCUAGGUGGUUCAGUCUCUAUACAUGGAGAAUACGAAGGUCUCGACACCACAUAUCCAGAUCCCUCAAGCUUCGCAUGCAUGGUGGAUGUAGGCAAAGUCAGUGAUAGACCGCUGCAGCAAAGAAUGUCUCUCUGCCCAAUGGACUCAGAUCUUGCGUUUAUCAAAGGCGGUGUUCGACCAGAUUUAUCAUCAUUUACCAAGGCCUAUCUACUCAUCAACGCCACCUCUGGCUUUGAGAAUUGGCGAGAAAAUGGCCUAGGUGGUAACGAACCCGUGACUAUCUUGGAAAGUGACAGGGCAAGCCAAUCCCAAGGAACAUGGCAGUCCUUUGGCAUCAAUGGGGCCCCGGAUACAGGCAUCGAUGCGACCCUGUGCUUCGCUAACCCGAUCCCAUGGGACUACAAGAUAUCUGCCGCUAGUUCUCAAGACGGCUUUGAGCCCACCCUGCAGUGGAAUAUAACCACGGGCACGUAUCGGAGCAACGCUGUACGAUCCCUUUUAGGAUCGACACUCGCCCCAGUCCCUUCUUUGGAGCGAGGUCUACUUAAGCUAGCAUCGCCAGGUAAUUGGAGCACUGCCGAGGCCAGCAUUACCUUUAAUACCUCAAACACGAUUAAUUACAUCUGGACAGCCCUGAGAACCGGAAGAUAUAACGUCAGUUUGAGCCUGUCAAAACGGGAGAAUUGGGAUGACUUGCCGUUAUUAGUGCCACAUCGCGCCCAUAUCGGACUGUUCCAAGAGAUCCUAGCCCACACAGACAGCAAUGCGGCGUUGGCGAUGCAGGCACUCUUUUUCACAUUGCUCCAAAUGUCAUAUUCAGAUUAUACGGCCGAGUUCGAUGUUUCAGCAGAGGCGAGCGCUCGCUUCUCGCAGGACGUCAUUAUCCCUGUGCAAUGGCGCGGAUUCAUAAUCUUCUGUACCAUCGUAGGCAUACAUAUAGCGCUAGUUACUACCAUCAUGGCGACAUUCUUUCUAAGGACAAGAUUUACAGCACUAGGAAAUGCUUGGCAGGCUGUAGGGCAAGCUGUAGAGGUGGCGGGCGGUGAGACGGUUUAUCGAGCUGCGGGUAUGACAGACAAACAGAUGAAGGCAACUACUAUUUAA